UUUUUUAAUAAUUUUAUCUAAUAAUCCUGUGACUGUCCCACGUGCCUUCCCUCUGGUCUUUGAGAGCAACGGUAACCACAAGAAGCACACAGCAUCGAAAGCAUACAGCGCGAAGAUAAAAAACAGAAAAACACGACGCUUCCGAAUGCUUUCCGUCACACCUCCGGCGGUCGGCCACAGCCGUCUCAUUCUCCAAAGAAACCCUAGAUUCUUCCACACCUGUGCAGGACCAAACCCUAGAUUCUUCGCAGUGCGAUGCUCUUCGAAUGUGCAAGAAAUCGAGAGGUCGCGCGAAGUGUCCGAGGAGAGAAAGCUGAGGUCGGAGCUGUACGCGUCGAUUCCAUUCCCUCCAAUCAGAGCUGCGAAGAGAGUGGUUCUGGUGAGGCACGGGCAGAGCACGUGGAAUGAGGAGGGUAGGAUUCAGGGGAGCUCAGAUUUCUCGGUUCUUACCCCGAAAGGGGAGGCUCAGGCUGAGACUUCUCGCCAGAUGCUUAUCGAUGAUGCCUUCGAUGUUUGUUUUAUGAGUCCCCUGAAAAGAUCAAAGAGGACAGCUGAAAUUAUUUGGGGUCCCCGCAAGGAGGAAAUGAUUGGUGAAUAUGACUUGAGAGAAAUUGACCUUUAUUCAUUUCAGGGCCUCUUGAAGCAUGAAGGAAAAGCAAGGUUUGGUGCUGCUUAUCGUCAAUGGCAGAUAGAUGCUGCAAAUUUUAACAUUGAUGAUCAUUAUCCAGUGAGAGAGUUAUGGGCUCGUGCUAGAAGCUGUUGGACUAAAAUUCUAACCCAUGAAAGCAAGUCUGUUCUUGUGGUUGCUCACAAUGCAGUUAAUCAAGCUCUUGUUGCAACAGCUAUUGGACUAGGAACAGAGUAUUUUAGGAUUUUACUACAGAGCAAUUGUGGUGUGAGUGUGCUGGAUUUCACCCCGCUAGCUGAGGGUGGCUCUCCAUUUAUUUGCCUUAAUCGUUUAAAUCAGACCCCAAGUUCACCUGUUGCUGCCGGAAGUUCUGUGGGCAGAAAAACCAGUAAGAGGAUUAUACUAGUCUGUCAUGGAUCCUCAGAGAACACAGAGGCUAGUUUUCCUUACCCUGGGGACCAACCAAUGAACAUGCUUGGAGUUAUACAGUCCCAGAAAACAGCGGAGCUACUUCUUGAUUUGAAGGUGAGCUCUAUAGUUACCAGCCCAAAGAUUACCUCCUUGGACACAGCCAUGUCAAUCUCCAAGGUACAAGAAGCUGCAGAUUGCUUAGGUGCUGACUGUGUUCCACGCAUUGUGGAGACAAAGCAAGUGCAGGACCUUGAUGUUGAGAGCAUCCUUCAGCAAUCAAAGAAGGAUCCAAUUGAAGUUCCACAUCUUCAUCCCGGUUGGCUAAAUGAAUUUGAUGAUGGAAUACUAACAGCACUAUGGGAUCAGUCAGGCAAGGCCUGGGUGUCUCUCUUGGAUGAGCUGUCUGAUCACUCCGAGCCUGAAAAAAUUGUAGUGGCAGUUGGCCAUCCUGCGGUUCACAUUGCUUUGAUGGGGCACUGUCUAAACUUAACAAAAGAAUGGAUGGGAUCAUUUCAUCUUGAUGCAGGUAGCAUUAGUGUGAUUGACUUCCCCGAUGGAGCUGCUGGAAGAGGUAUUAUUCGAUGCAUAAACUAUACUGCCCAUUUGGGGAGAUGGUCAAUACCCAUUACGAGAUCUACACUGGAUGAUGAAGAGUUUUAGUCUCAAUUGUGUAUGUAGGCCUCAAAUUUCAGUGGCAAAGAUAAAUAAGAAUCCUCAGUUGCUUUGUAAUUAUAAGGUAUGUCAAGGGGAUUGCUUUAUAGAAUUAUAAAUUGUUGGGCUUGGAAUUGGCUUCUUUAAGAGUUCUUGGAAAAAAGAAAAAAGGAAAUAAAAGAAAGAAGAGCACUUGAAUUCAA